AUGGCUUUGAACAAACUCAGUAUUGAUGCAAUAAACUUAAGCGGAAAACGCGUGCUCAUGCGAGUUGAUUUCAAUGUUCCACUGAAAGAAGGUGUCAUAACUAAUAAUCAGCGAAUAGUGGCCGCUCUUGAUUCUGUUAAAUAUGCCUUAGAUAAAGGCGCAAAGUCAGUAGUUCUUAUGUCACACUUGGGCCGACCGGAUGGACAAGCUAAUCAAAAAUAUACCUUAAAGCCUGUUGCAGAAGAACUGAAAAAACUUUUAAAUAAGAAUGUAACUUUCCUCUCGGAUUGCGUUGGUGCUGAAGUCGAAGCCGCUUGUUCUGAUCCUGCUCAAGGUUCUAUAAUUUUGUUAGAAAAUUUGAGAUUCCAUAUUGAAGAAGAAGGCAAAGGUGUUGAUGCAAGUGGAUCUAAAGUAAAAGCUGAUCCUGAGAAAAUUAAAGCAUUCAGAGCUAGCCUGAGAAAGUUGGGAGAUGUUUACAUUAAUGAUGCUUUUGGUACUGCCCAUAGAGCACACAGUUCUAUGAUGGGAGAAGGGUUUGAACAAAGGGCAAGUGGUUUCUUGCUCAAGAAAGAACUCCAAUACUUUGCAAAAGCUCUUCAUGAACCAGAAAGGCCAUUCUUGGCUAUCCUUGGUGGAGCCAAGGUUGCAGACAAAAUCCUGCUGAUAGAGAAUUUGCUUGACAAAGUCAAUGAAAUGAUCAUUGGUGGUGGUAUGGCAUAUACAUUCCUAAAAGAGACCAAAGGCAUGGCUAUUGGCAAUUCCCUUUAUGAUGCUGAUGGAGCAAAGAUUGUUACCAAGUUACUUGAAAAAGCUGCUAAGAAUAAUGUUAAACUUCACCUGCCUGUAGACUUUAUCACUGCCGAUAAGUUUGAUGAGAAUGCACAGGUUGGUGCUGCUGAUGUUGAAACAGGUAUUCCAGAUGGUUGGAUGGGCCUUGACGUUGGACCAAAGACACGGGAACUGUUUGCUGAACCCAUUGCAAGAGCCAAGGUUAUUGUAUGGAAUGGACCUGCUGGUGUAUUUGAAUUUGAAAAGUUUGCCGGUGGAACCAGAGCUCUGAUGGACUGUGUUGUAAAGGCAACUAACAAUGGGGCCGUAACCAUAAUUGGUGGAGGGGACACUGCGACAUGUUGCGCCAAGUGGGGUACUGAAGAUAAGGUGUCCCAUGUUUCUACUGGCGGUGGAGCAUCGCUAGAACUGCUUGAGGGUAAGGUGUUGCCAGGCGUAGCUGCCCUCUCUGAUGCA